CCAGACAGAGAGAGCUUGGGCGUGAGUGAGAGGGAGCAAACUGGAGGAACAGCACACCAGAUCAGGAGCAAUUCAGAAGGAAGAGGAGCAUGUCAGCGAUACAGAGAGCGAUCCGGAGGUUCCACGCUACCGUGAAUGCUCCAAGGCUCACCAGAUUGUCUCUCCAUGCGCCUAGAUGUGUAGAGGUGGAGUUUGGAAAUGGUAGUGUGUUCAAUUUGUCAGCUGAAUUCUUAAGAAUACACAGUCCAGCUGUUGAUGCCAAGGUUAGGUCAAUUGCUGGUGAAAAGGUGAUAUCUGGGCGGCGUCACGUUGGAAUUAUGUCUGCAGAACCUGUAGGAAACUAUGGGGAUUGUCUUCGAUGACUUGCAUAACACCGGCAUCUAUUCCUGGGAUUACUUAUAUCAUCUGGGCAGCAACAAAUUCAGCCUCAUGAGAAAUUACAUCAAAACACUCAACAAGUAUGGACUCAAGCGGGAUCCGCCUAGAAGAAAAUGAAUGAUUCAGGCAUUGCUCCGUUUCACUUGACCGUCCGUCAUCUGCAACAGGAGCAUGGCAGGAUAAUAUGUGGCACACAUUGGUUUUCUACUUCAUUUCUUAGACCAAAUGCUUAGGGAGCCAAAUUCAACAUCUUUGCCAUUUGUUGUUUGUUUACACCAUAAGCUAUCUAUUCUUGCGACUGUAAUGUACAUGUAAACCAGUUGGCCGGCUAUACAUCAAUCCUUGUGCUGAUUGAUUUUUUUUCUUUU